UGUUAACACGAGGAACGACGCUUGAUUAUUUUAUUCCCACUUCUUCGUUGAAAGAAAUCAUUUUGGAUUGUACGUGGAUGGAAUAAAUCACAUAACAUCACUCUGUGAGUUCUACUGACGUCAUCAACAGUCGGAGUAACGUCGGAGCGACUCGUUUGACGACAUAAGUGUUUCCGGUAAUAAUCGUCGAUGAAAAUAAAACUAUAUCAGUCUCCCGAGCUUUCAGUCCGAACACAUGUCCGAAGCGUUCGUGUGAUCAACUAGUACUCAACCAAAGAAGAAUCCAAAUAUGUUCAUACAAGUGCCAGACUCAGUGAACAAAUCCAUUCGAAAUGGAAUUAAACCCCGGACUGAGAUACACUAUCCAAGCACUUCUUUAGGAAAUCACGAUCCUCGAACUGUUUGCACGGACACUGGCAUCGUUGGGUCACGGAAUACGAUCGACGGAGAACUUGAAUGUGUGGUUUGUAGAGCAGACCGUGUUAUCAUGCCCGCGGCUGCGCCAAAUUACAUAACGUGGAGACCACCACUGCUUCCCUCACACCAAAAGUACAGAUGGUCUAGAGAUUAUCGUGAUGAUCUACUGUUAACAACAUGCAGCGCUCCGCCAAGACAAAGUGAUACAGAAAGUACGGCACAGAAAGUUGAAGCAGCACAAGAGGUGGAGAUGCCUGCAAGGAGGGGUGAAUGCAAUGAAGAAGAUGAAAUUGAGAGUUUAGAAUCACCGCGUUCGUUUGCCUCUUCCGGUUCAAACAGCAGUCGAGAUGACUUAUUGGCGCAGUUCCCUGAGACACAGACCGCAGCAGGAGCACAUACACCUGUUACAAAGUCGCGUACACAACAGCAGAACCCCUGGGGAAGGGCCUCCUAUUCCGACUUGAUCACAAUGGCCAUCACAUCCACAAACAAUAACAUGAUGACUUUGUCAGAUAUUUACAGUUGGAUUGUCAAGAAUGUACCAUAUUUCAACGACAAGGGGACUUAUUUAUCAGUUCAAGGAUGGAAGAAUGCUGUUCGUCACACUUUGUCACUCAGAAAGCGAUUCGUUCGUGUUCCAGACCCUAAGCGACCAUACAAGUCAAUGUGGACAAUUUCCAGUGAUUAUCAAAGAAAUCAUUUGAAGGAAAAAAGGAGUCAAUUGGAAAGGAAGAACCCACUGAAGAACAAAAAUGUGAGCGAUAAGGAAAGUGAUCAAAUGGCUCAAUCAAUGGAUUUUGAAACAACCAGUGAAUUUAGUGGAAGCUGUGCCUCACCAAAUCAGAGCCAAGACGGAUUUUAAGUUAGAGUUAUAGAUGUUUAAAAAAAAUUAUUCAAAGCUUACUUAUAGUACUUACGCGCAUGCAUUGCAUAGUUUUUUCUCUAUCAUUAUGCUAUAACAAAUGCUUAUUUUCAUGUACUAUAAACAGAAGUAAUCAAAAGCGAGUAAAAUAAUAAGAAUAUAUUUUUUUUAUAGCCACAAUUGUAAAAAGGGAAAAAAAUGAAGAAGUUUAUCCAAAUUUAUAUUUUAUG